UCGCCGUCGUGGUCGUGGUCAAAGUUACGCGCGCGCGUUUGUUCUCCCGAGUUUGAGCCGUUUCGUGCAAGAAGUGCGUGUGGAACCUGUUGGAGAGCUGAAGACCGCUGAGGAAUACAGUAGCUGCUGUUGGAGAACCCCGCCAGGGAGAGGCCAUGAACGACGCCUCACAGUUUGGAUUACAGUGAAGAUUUUUGGAAUCGUGCCAUCAAUGAUCGCCCAGGAAUAUGACUAAGCGCAUGUUCUUGAAGCUGACGGUCGUUGUCCUUGGUACCGUCUGCUGGACAACGACGAGCACCGACGCGUACAGGAAUGUACAACCGGAAGCGGCAUCCUUCCGCCGGGACAGCGUCGAAGCUGUACCGCCCAGAAGUUACGAAAAGACGGCUGCGUACACCCAAGACGACAUCUUCGGAACAAAGUCACUUCCGCUGAGAAGUGCCGUUGAAAGCGCGCCAGUCAGUUUGGUUGACGAUCACUUGCCACUUCGCGAUGCAGUGGAGUUUCGCAUCCUGGAUAUGGACAAUGCCAUCGAGGACGUCGUAAGCGAUGUCAAGUCGGUGGUGACUUUGGAGCAGCAACGUGUGGAGUCGGGAGAAUCGUUCGACUAUCGUGCCCCAGCGAAUCCGUUGUUCCAGAAUAAAUAUGCAGCGUACUCGUUCCCGAUGCAAUACGACACCAGGAAUCCGCAGCCGUUCCGGUUCGGUUCACCAUACCAACAGCUGGUGGACAUCAACACUCUGCGAGAUAAACCGAGUGUGGAAGUUAGUCAAUUCCAAAGGUUUGGCAACUUGAAGCAGCGUUCUGGCGAUUUGAAAGUGGUUUGCCACAUGACUAAUUGGGCUUUCUACCGGAAGGAUGAUGCCCAGUUUGUUCCGGAGCAGAUUGAUAACAAACUGUGCACGCAUAUUGUAUACUCAUUCGCCACGCUGGAUCCAGCGUCUCUGAUAAUGAAGGAAUUUGAUUCGUGGGCUGAUAUCGAUAAUCACAUGUAUCAACGAACGAUCACUGCUGCAGGUUCAACCGUUCCCGUACUGUUAGGAAUGGGAGGAUGGACGGAUUCCGUUGGGGACAAGUACUCUACCAUGGUUGGUUCACCACAGAAUCGACGCAACUUCAUCAGUAACGCAGUUAGUUUUCUACGGACUUAUGGAUUCUCUGGACUUCAUCUGGAUUGGAACUACCCGGUUUGCUGGCAAAGUGAUUGCUCGAAGGGACCUUCCAGUGACCGUCCCAAUCUGACAAAGCUCAUGAAGGAAAUGAAGCAAGAGUUCAGCAGGCACAAUUUGCUGCUCAGUAUGAGUAUAUCCGGAUACAAGGAAGUCAUUACGGAAGCUUACGAAAUAGCUCAGUUGUCGAACAUUGUGGACUUUAUGACUAUCAUGACGUACGACUACCACGGAUCGUGGGAAUCUCAGACCGGACACGUCAGUCCACUGUACGGAAGCUCGGGUGACAAGUAUCCACAAUACAACACUGAUUACGCCAUGCAGCUAUUGGUCAAGAUGGGAGCCCAAAAGGAUAAACUGAUCAUGGGAGUUCCCUUGUAUGGACAGAGCUUCACGCUUUCGCGAACCGAAAUAUCUGGGUUGGGUAGUCCAGCCUCUGGUCCCGGACAAGCUGGUGAAGACACUCGUCAGCCUGGUAUGCUAGCGUACUACGAAAUUUGUUACCGAGUCCGGAAGCAAAAAUGGCGGGUUGCUCGCGAUGUGUCGCUGAAAUCAGGACCCUAUGCUACUUCAAAGGACCAAUGGGUGGGCUAUGAUGAUCCAGUUUCGGCAACUGUGAAAGCUCAAUACGUUAUGAAGGGAGGAUAUGGAGGUAUCGCGGCAUGGACUAUGGAUUUGGACGAUUACCAGAACAAGUGCUGCGAAGAACGGUAUCCGGUGCUGAGCGCUAUCAACAGGGCGUUCGGAAGACUGGACACUCCUCAACCAACUAAGGCGGACUGUACCCGCCCACCACAGGCAGUGACCCCACCCAUGGCAGAAAUGACCACCGGAGCUGACAACGGAAGCGGAGGUCCAACGACAUCUGCGACCACGUGGCCUUCGUGGCAGGAACCAACGACAACUAGGAGGACGACUACCAGCACGACUACGACUUCCACGACAACGACGACAACCGAGCGACCAACCACAACACGUCGCACCACAACUACAACGACGACUCGCCGCACUACGACUCCAACUACAACGACACGUCGUACAACUACCAGCACCACGACCUACGUUCCACCGACCACCACUGUAGGAACGACAAUUCCCGCCCCGGCACUAGUCCAGCCUGGUCUUAUGGAGGGUGAACCAUGCGAACCAAACCAGUACAAAGCCCAUCCGUACAGCUGCAACUCGUACUACCGUUGCGUGUACGGAGAGUUCAAGCAGCAGUACUGCGCCGGAGGUCUCCACUGGAACGAAGCGGCUAGUCUAUGCGAUUGGCCAGCUAACGCAAGAUGUACGAAGGAUUCGUCUGCUCAGCCAGUUGCGAUGAUUCCGGAAACAACGACCACAAUGGCUGCUCCAACGACUACGCGUCGAAGAAAGACUACGACUUCAACGACCACGACACCGAUGACUACUACUCGUCCGAAUAGAUGGACCACCACCAUGAGCCGUCCAAGUCCGACACCCUCGCGUGUUCCCAACAACCCUAAUAAGCCUACGAAGAAACCGGUGACUACAACGAAGAAGCCUCCUCAGCGACCCGUUGAGAAGUGUUCCAAUGGAGAAUACUAUCCGCACAAGAGUUGCGACAGCUUUUACAUCUGUGUGAAUGAAAAGAAGGUUGCUCAACAGUGCGGUCCAGGGUUGUUCUGGAACCAGGAUGUCAACAGUUGUGACUGGGAGGAUAACGUCAACUGUGUCAGCCGUGCGCAGUACUACAAGUUGUUGAACAAGUACACCAAGCUAGCUCCGCUGAAGGUUCUGUCGGAAGACGACCCAUGUGAUGGCCAUACGCACGUUCCGUACCCGGGAGAUUGUAAUCAAUAUCUGGUCUGCAACUGGGGACGGCUAGAAGCAGCCAGCUGUGCCGAAGGACUGCACUGGAAUCAAGAACGAAUGAUUUGCGAUUGGCCAUCGAAUGCCAAGUGCAAGCAGACCUCUCCGACCGAUAGCACCGAGAACAGUUCCGAAGAAGAGGAAGGCGAAACGUUGCAGGAGGUUGAUCAGGACAUUGAUCGACCCUCGAGUAAGCCCACAACAACUACUACAACGACCACAACGACAACGACCACGGAGAUGCCGGUUCUUGAACCGUUGUCUGGACAUUAUAAAAUGGUUUGUUAUUUCACCAAUUGGGCGUGGUAUCGUAAGGGCUACGGCAAGUACACUCCGGAUCACAUACGGACGGACCUUUGUACUCACAUCGUGUACGGAUUCGCUGUACUGGACUACUCGUCGCUUACGAUAAAGACGCACGACUCUUGGGCAGAUAUCGAUAACAAGUUCUACACACGAGUGGUCGCUGCUAAGGAGAAGGGAGUUAAGGUAACUCUUGCUAUCGGAGGAUGGAACGACUCCGCCGGAGACAAGUACAGUCGACUGGUGAGAAGUGCCGCUGCAAGAGCACGUUUCGUCCAACACGUGGUUGAGUUCCUCGAAAAAUACGGAUUCGAAGGCUUGGAUCUUGACUGGGAAUAUCCGGUAUGCUGGCAGGUUGAUUGCAAGAAGGGAUUCGCCGACGAGAAGGAAGGCUUUGCUAGCUUAGUACGUGAGCUGUCCGCUGAGUUCAAACCAAGAGACUGGUUGCUGUCUGCUGCGGUGUCACCAAGCAAGACUGUAAUUGAUGCUGGGUACGAUGUACCAACUUUGGCGCAGUACUUUGACUGGAUUGCCGUCAUGACGUACGACUUCCACGGACAGUGGGACAAGAAAACCGGCCACGUUGCUCCGCUGUACUACCACCCGGACGACGAGAUUGAUUACUUCAAUGCGAACUAUUCCAUCAACUACUGGAUUGAACUGGGUGCUCCUGCAAGGAAGCUGGUGAUGGGAAUGCCACUCUACGGACAAUCGUUCGCCCUUGCUGAUCAAAAGAACAACGGACUGAACGCAAAGGCUCCAGGACCCGGACAAGCUGGGGAAUUCACUCGAGCUGCUGGUUUCCUGGCAUACUACGAGAUUUGCGACCGAAUCCAGAACAAGGAAUGGACCGUCGUGCAGGACGAGCUAAAGCGCAUGGGACCGUAUGCGUACAAGGGCAACCAGUGGGUGUCGUUCGACGACAAGGAAGCGCUGUUGCGCAAGGUACAGUUCAUACGAGCGAUGAACCUUGGCGGAGGUAUGAUUUGGGCGCUGGACUUGGACGAUUUCAAGAAUCGCUGCGGACAGGGUCAUCAUCCGUUGCUCACGGCAAUCCGGGAAGGGCUACGCGAUGCUCCGAGCGGAACGGAGGUAGUGCCUGCAACUGUACCAGAGUCUACUGUCGAGGAAGAGGUGAAGGAACCUGUGAAUGUCAAUACAAACAAUGCUGCGUCGCCGGAGCAGGGAUCCGUUGAUAAGACAGAUUCUGAUGAGAAUGCAAUCGAGUCCGAUUAUGACUACAAGGUAGUGUGCUACUUUACCAACUGGGCCUGGUAUCGACAGAGUGCUGGAAAGUAUCUGCCCGAAGACAUUGAUGCCGACCUUUGUACGCAUAUUGUGUACGGGUUCGCCGUGUUAGAUCGAGAGAAUCUGGUAAUAAAGCCACACGACUCUUGGGCAGAUAUUGAUAACCGAUUCUACGAACGAGUGGUCGAGUUCAAAAAGAAGGGUAAGAAGGUAACCGUUGCCAUUGGAGGUUGGAAUGAUUCUGCUGGAGACAAGUACAGUCGGUUGGUGCGAAAUGCUAACGCUAGAAGGAAGUUUAUCGCGGAUGUAAUCUCUUUCAUUGAAAAGUACGGAUUUGAUGGUUUGGAUCUCGACUGGGAAUAUCCAGUAUGCUGGCAGGUGGAUUGUACCAAGGGAUAUUCUGAUGAAAAGGAAGGUUUUGCUAGCUUGGUGAUAGAAUUAUCUCAAGCAUUCAAACCUAAGGGAUUGCUGCUGUCUUCGGCUGUUUCCCCGAGUAAGAAGGUCAUGGAUGAGGGAUAUGAUGUUGUCACACUGUCGAACUAUAUGGAUUGGAUUGCGGUGAUGACGUACGACUACCACGGCCAGUGGGAUAAGAAAACGGGACACGUAGCGCCAAUGUACGAACAUCCGGAUGAUUUCGAUAAGACAUUCAAUGCAAACUUCACUUUGAAUUACUGGAUCGAACAAGGAGCGGAUCCACGUAAGUUGGUUAUGGGCAUGCCUAUGUAUGGACAAUCGUUCUCAUUGGCGGACAACAGCAACCACGAUCUGAAUGCUAGAACAUAUGGCGGUGGAGAAGCUGGAGAAUAUACCAAGGCUCGUGGAUUCCUUGCGUAUUACGAGAUUUGCGCCAACAUUAUCAACAAAAAGUGGACUGUAGUACGAGACCGUAAGGGACGAAUGGGUCCUUACGCGUACAAGGGAGAUCAGUGGGUAUCGUUCGAUGAUCAGUACAUGAUUCGUCACAAGAGCGAAUACGUAAAAGCCAUGGGACUUGGUGGGGCUAUGAUCUGGGCGCUGGAUCUGGAUGAUUUCCGCAACUCGUGUGAUUGUGAAGAAUAUCCGCUGCUGCGAACCAUCAAUCGAGUCUUGCGUAAUUACCCCGGACCUGGCCCGAGAUGUGUGCUCGAGAAGAUUCCACAGCGAGAAGAACCUCGCCCCACGCGUCCUCCAACGAGCAGCACCACCCAAGAGACAACUCGACGCCCUGCGACAACGACGACCACUAAACGUACGACAACAUCAACGAGAAAAUGGACUACGACAACUCCGCGCAGAACAACGCCAAGGCCAACGUAUACGACAACGAGUAUCCCCUCGUACGAAGAAGUCCUGAAUGAAACGGAUGAGCAACAAACUUGUUCCGAUGGUCGUCUGUUCAUUCCACAUGCAUCCGAUUGUAACAAAUAUUACAUUUGUCAGUACGGAAAGCUUUAUGAACAAAAAUGUCCGGCUGGUUUGUACUGGAGCGGAAACCGUUGCGAUUGGCCCCAAAAUACCAACUGCCAGAACAAGCAAUCGGAUACGCCAAGCUCUGUCAGACCCACAGCAAGACCUACAUACACUAGCGCACGUCCCACUUACUCUACAACCCGUAGAAGUACUACUUCCGCUUCAUCGAAGCUUACAACGACCACCACAACGGCAUCUUGGGUUCCGGAAAGCACAAGCAUGGUUUGGUGGAAACCCGAGUCAUCGAGUACUAAUUCGGGUUGGUGGAUGCCCGACACGACCACUAAGCGUCCAACGCGACCUCCACCGGCGGGUGACCCGGAGGUUCAACUAACCGGAAGCAACGACUACAAGGUGGUCUGCUACUUCACCAAUUGGGCAUGGUACCGUCAGGGUGACGGCAAGUACACUCCGGAUGACAUUGAGGAUUCCCUGUGUACGCACAUUGUGUACGGGUUCGCGGUUUUAGAUCGUGAAAGUCUUACGAUCAAAACGCACGACUCGUGGGCGGAUAUCGACAACAUGUUCUACGAACGGGUAGUGGAACACAAACGAAGAGGUACUAAGGUUACUCUUGCCCUCGGUGGUUGGAAUGACUCGCUUGGAGACAAAUACAGCAAACUGGUUAGGAGUCCGUCAGCUAGGGCGAAAUUUGUGAGUCACGCAGUCGAGUUCAUCGAGAAAUACGACUUUGAUGGGCUAGACUUGGAUUGGGAAUAUCCAGUGUGUUGGCAGGUAGAUUGCAAGAAGGGAUUCGCCGACGAGAAGGAAGGCUUUGCCGAUCUGGUUAAGGAACUAGCAGUGGCGUUCCGACCGAGAAGGUGGCUGCUGUCGGCAGCGGUUUCACCCAGCAAAAUGGUAAUUGAUGCGGGAUACGAUGUCCCAGUGUUGGCUGAGUAUUUCGACUGGAUCGCAGUCAUGACCUAUGAUUUCCACGGAAAUUGGGACAAACAAACAGGCCACGUGGCUCCGCUCUACUACUACCCAGGAGAUACUUACGAUUAUUUUAAUGCAAACUUUUCCAUCAACUAUUGGAUCGAGAAGGGAGCUCCAUCGAGAAAGUUGGUCAUGGGAAUGCCGCUGUAUGGCCAAUCGUUUGCAUUGGCUGAUACGAGCAACUAUGGUCUGAACGAGAAGUCCUACGGACCGGGCGAGGCAGGAGAGUUCACCAGAGCUGGUGGUUUCCUAGCGUACUAUGAAAUUUGCGAAAAGGUCAACCGUAACGGAUGGACCGUCCAACGGGAUCCGGAAGGGCGCAUCGGACCGUACGCGUACCAUGGAAACCAGUGGGUCUCGUACGACGACGUUGAGGAGAUCCGCCGGAAGACGCAAUAUCUCAAGCAGAUGAACCUCGGUGGAGGAAUGAUUUGGGCGCUGGAUUUGGACGACUUUAGGGGACGCUGUGGGUGUGGAAAGCAUCCGCUGUUGAGAACGAUGAAUCUGGAACUGGGAAGAAUCACCACGAAACGGCCGGAGAAUUGCACGUAGGAGUUGCAGCAAUCAAUGUGUUGUUGUUAGGGUAUAAGAGAGUAACGUGCUGAAAAGGGCAUGCUGAAGAACUGAUAGUGGAAUAAAGUGAUACAAUUUGUAA